AUGGAUAAGAAAUCGCCUGACGAACUUCUAGAAGAAGUCAAAAUUCAUCAAGUUGAACGUGAUGCAUUGGAUCGAGUCUUCAAAACUUUUGUAAGCAAAUCAGAUGAUCCGCGUGCAAUUGAAAGCUGUGUGAAAUUUGGAUGGCAAGAAGUUAGCAGAGUUUUGCACGAACUGGGCUGCAGACAGUCAAAACAAGAAGUGCAGCUUAUGGUAUGGGAAGUCGAUGAAGAUCUCGACGGUUAUGUAUCAAAAGAUUAAAUUAGAAUGGGUCUUAAGGGUUUAUCUCAGCCUCUCUCUGCCUUCGACGGCUUCAGACUCCUCGUCAAUGCAUCAGUCUGAAUUAAUGCUCUUUUCUGUCUAUGUCAUCAAAAAUUGGCGACAUCGCCAUCUCUUGUGAAGACACACCCAGGCGCUUCCUUGGACAGCUCUUAGCGAUCGAAAUAUAUCUACCCGGGGAUAUGAGGUAGCACAUGACCCCGAAUCUUCCCAUUACCUUCGCAUCCAGAAGUGUGAAGUUGUCAUAUGGACUCUGAUUUCCUUGUCUAAAAAAUCUGUCAUGGUGUCCCGGAGAAAGCACACCUAGAGCACUAACUUCUAGGUCCCAGCCUUCUUAGACCCAAAAACCCCAAAGGUAUGAGAGAAGGACGGGCCGGAUAAGUCGCCAUUUUAUUUGUAUACGUAUCAAAAGAAGAAUUCGAAAUAAUGUACAAGAGGGUCGUCAGUGAUAAAACAGGACUAGAGCCAAGAAAACUGUUUAAUUUGGUACAGUUUAUGAUGUACGACAAAGGAAAUACAGGCAGGGUUACUGUUGAAGACACUUUAGAGCUUAUUUACGUACGCUACGGUAUGGAACAUCUGGAAAAAGAAAUCCAAGCCUUGUUCGGGGAAAAUGAAAAAACAGACGACGGACAGGAGAAAUCUAUCACAUUUUCAGAGUAUUUAGAGCAAAUUAAUAAACGAGCUACUGAAAAGAGGAAAAAGAAAUCUUUUAAGAAAUCAAAGUAA